AAAUAAACCCAUCAAAUAUCCAAGGACGAUCUCCUAAAUCCCGCGCCGAUAGCCUUCAUCGGAAUUGAUUUCUCUAGUAAUCUUAGCUAAGACUUCGCCUCCUUCCCAUGCACGCAUGGCAUGAUGUCAGAUCGUCGUAUAUGUACAGGAACAAGUACAUACAUGGGAUUAUAGGAUGGAUGACAGGCAUGAUUCGAACGACGCCUGUAAUUGGAUCGAUCGCGAUUCCUCACAAUGACAGACCAGAAACAAACACAUGGCGUCCACGUUGCUUGGCACGAGGCUAUGCCAUGUCAUCUGCACGGCACAAAGUACGUGCUUGCGUAAGUCGUAUGAUGAGGUAUCCCAUAAGUACAUGUACAUGUACAUGUACAUGCCUGUGCAUGCUCGUCGGCGUAUCUUGUCGAGGCCAAUUUGGCCGGUCGGGAGGUGGUUGGUAUUUCUUUUCUUUUCUUUUUUCUUUUCUUUUUUUGUUAUUGGAUUUAACUGGUUGGGGUUUAACUAUCUAUACUAUAUGCGAUCUAUAGUAUACUGUCUUGGAUAGAUCGAAUCGAUAAAUGCAGAUCCGAUGCCCAAUCCCCAUCUAUCCCGAUCGAACCCUCCCUCCGUCCUG